AUGGUGAGUUUUAAAGCCGUACUGUAGGCAAAGUAGUUCCCCAAAUUAAGAAGCCUUGUCGUUCGACAUCUGCGAGAGUUUUGCGGGACUGAGAAAAACCACGUGUCCUUCUUUCAAGUUUAACCAAGUUUUAUCGUUUUCUUUUUUCGCGGUGAUUCUGCAAAAUGAGACACUGUCUGUAUUGGUGUGAUAAGAAUAGAACUAGACGAUCAAGAUUUCUAUCUUUCCAACUUUCAAUUCCUUUCGUUGUUUACGACAAUUCAAACUACGAUUCGAAAUGGUAAAUGGAAUAACAAAAUCAGUCAAACAGUCAAAACAAAUUGUAUUGAGUUUAAAGAUUAACAUUUUUCAGAGCAACUGGAACAUUGAGUACCUGAAGCCGACCCUUCUGAACCCGGUCCCGUCGGACAUUGCCAUCUCGAGAGCCCAACCACCGAAGGAUAUUGAAAAGGUACUAGAAAUCACGCUGCUAAUUCGCCGCAACACUCUACAUGUAGGUUGCCGGUGAAAUCGGAAUCCAUCCGGACGAGCUCGAUUUGUACGGCCGCAAGAAGGCCAAAGUCUCUCUUGACAUCCUCGAAAGACUCAAUGAGGUAAAGAAUGGGAAGUACGUCGUGGUCGCUGGAAUCACUCCAACGCCACUUGGAGAAGGAAAGUCGACAACCACAAUUGGACUCGUCCAAGCGCUCGGAGCCCAUUUGCACAAAAAUGUGUUUGCCUGUGUUCGUCAGCCAUCGCAAGGUCCAACCUUCGGAAUCAAAGGAGGAGCUGCAGGAGGAGGAUACUCUCAGGUCAUUCCGAUGGAGGAGUUCAACUUACAUCUGACUGGAGACAUCCAUGCAAUAACUGCAGCCAACAAUCUUCUGGCGGCUGCUAUUGACGCCAGAAUGUUCCAUGAGAACACUCAAACCACCGAAGCUCUGUUCAAUAGGCUUUGCCCAAAGAACAAACAAGGUACGCUCAUGAGUACAUAUAAAUCAAUGUUAAUUGGAUAUUUCCAGGCGUUCGCCCACUUUCCGAGAUCCAACUGCGUCGUCUCGAUCGUCUCGGGAUUCCGCGUGUCACCGAUGCCGAGGAUCUAGAUGCUGACCAGAGAGCGCAGUUUGCUCGUCUCAACAUCGACGCGCCCACCAUCACCUGGAACCGUGUUCUCGACACCAAUGACCGGUUCCUGAGGAAAAUUGAAAUUGGACUGGGACCAAACGAGAAAGGACAAACUCGCACGACUCAGUUCGAUAUCACUGUGGCCAGUGAGGUUUGUACGGAUUCUAUUUAUUAAUUCAAAAUCGUUUUUCCUGCAGUUGAUGGCCAUUCUGGCGCUUACCACGUCUCUCGGAGACAUGCAAAAGAGAAUCGCGAAGAUCGUCAUUGGUUCCGACAAGGCCGGAAAACCGGUCACCGCUGACGAUGUCGGAGUCACCGACGCUUUGACCGUGCUCAUGAGAGACACUGUUCGUCCUAAUUUGAUGCAAACACUAGAAGGAACCCCAGUCUUUGUUCAUGCCGGACCGUUCGCCAACAUUGCUCACGGACAAAGCAGUAUCCUCGCUGACAAGGUCGCUCUAAAACUUGUCGGUCCGGAAGGAUUUGUGAUCACGGAGGCGGGCUUCGGAGCUGACAUUGGAAUGGAGAAGUUCUUCAAUAUCAAAUGUCGCUACUCGGGACUUCAACCUUCUGCCGUCGUGCUCGUGGCCACCGUCCGUGCUCUCAAGAUGCAUGGAGGGGGUCCAGCUGUCGUCGCCGGGGCUCCACUGAAGCACGAAUAUCUCGACGAGAACAUUCCACUUGUCGAGGGUGGAUGUGAUUCCAACUUGAGAAAGCAGAUCGAGAACUCUAACAAGUUCGGAAUCCCUGUCAUUGUCUGCGUCAACAAAUUCGCUACUGACACUGACAAGGAAUUGGAAUUGGUUUGUUCCAAGGCCAAGGCCUACGGAGCGUUCGACGCUGUCGUCUCGGAACACUGGUCCCAGGGAGGAGCCGGAGCUAUCGCCCUUGCCAAUGCUCUUGUCACUGCCACUUCUGGACCCACCAAGCAAUUCAAGUUCCUCUACGACUUGGAUCUCUCUUUGGAGGACAAAAUCGCCACAAUUGCUAAGGAAAUCUAUGGCGCUGAUGGUAUCGAGCUCUCGGCAGAAGCCAAGGAGAAGUUGGAGCGAUACACCAAGCAGGGAUUCUCAAAGUUGCCAAUCUGUAUGGCCAAGACUCAUCUCUCACUUUCAUCGGACCCAUCAAAGAAAGGAGCUCCAACUGGUUGGUUUCUGAGAGCAUUUCCUUUACUCAUUGUUCAAAUUCAGGCUUCACCCUACCGAUUCGUGACGUGCGUGCCUCCGUCGGAGCCGGAUUCAUCUACCCGUUGGUUGGUGAGAUGACUACUAUGCCAGGACUCAACACCCGCCCAUGCUUCUACGAUAUCACUAUCGACCCGAUCACCGAGAUCAUUGAUGGACUGUUCUAA